GCCAUGGCUGGGCAAAUCUAUGCCGGCCACAGCCGCUGCUACGAUGCCAUUGUGGUCGGAGCAGGGAUCCAGGGCUUGUUUGCUGCCUACCAGCUGGCCAAGAGAGGGCAGAAGACCCUGCUGCUGGAGCAGUUCCCUCUGCCCCACACCCGCGGAAGCUCCCAAGGACAGAGCCGCAUCAUUCGCAGUGCCUAUCCCCAGGACUAUUACAUACUCAUGAUGGGAGAAGCCUAUCGCCUCUGGGCGGCGCUGGAGGCUGAAGCUGGGGUCAAGCUCUACAGGCCGACCCCAAUGCUGGUUUUGGGGCAUCAGGAAAACCCCAAAUUCCAAAACUACCGGCAAAGCAUAGAACGCCACCACAUCCCAAGUGAAGCUUUCACACCACAAGCCCUGGCCCAGAAGUUUUCGGGAUUCUAUCCUCACGGCGGGGAGAUGGCUGUAUCGGACCUGAGUGCCGGGGUCUUGUAUGCCAACAAAGCUUUGCAAGCUGUCCAGGACCAAUUCCAGCGCCAAGGAGGGACCGUGCAUGAUGGCGAAAAGGUGCUCAACAUCCUUCCCGGGGCCCUGGUCACCGUAAGCACCAGCCAAGGGGAGUACCAAGCUAAGCGCCUAGUGGUCACUGCAGGACCAUGGACCAACCGCCUUCUGGCACCGCUGGGGCUGCAAUUGCCUCUCCAGCCCCUGCGCAUCAGCGUCUGCUACUGGAAGGCGAAAGGCCAAGGCCAUGGCAGCCACCGCUCUCUGGAGCAGUUCCCGUGCUUCCUGAGUGCCGGCCUCAGUGGGCACGCACAUGAUGUCUACGGGUUGCCGUCUGACGAAUACCCCGGGCUGGUCAAGAUCUGCUAUCACCACGGCAGCCCUGUGGACCCCGACCAACCCGACCAGCUGGGUCACGCCUCUGCCGUGCCCGACGUCCGGAUCCUGCAGGAUUUUGUGAGGAAGUAUUUGCCAGGGCUCGAACCGGAGCCCGCCGUGCAGGAGCGCUGCUUAUACACGAACACCCCGGACGAAGACUUUGUGUUGGAUCGGCACCCACGGUUUAGAAACAUCAUCAUUGGGGCAGGAUUCUCAGGCCAUGGGUUCAAGUUUGCACCAGUCAUUGGCAAGAUUCUUUGUGAGCUGAGCCUGGGGGAGGAACCCUUUUACAACCUGGCACCGUUUCAGAUCAGCCGCUUCUCCACCCCAUCCAAAGCCAACCUAUAAACUCCAUUAGCCUUGGAAGGACCACCAAGAGCGAAGCAAGACAUCUUUUAAAAAAUACCAGCUGAACUGCCUCCAUUGCUCACAGUCUCUCGCACCCAGAGCUGUGACUCCGGCCGAGUGUGGUUUUGUUCUCAUGAAACGUCUCUGUUGGAUUGCUGAUUAAAAUAAGAAGAUUGGCAAUCAUCUCAGGGGGGGCGGGGAUUGUUGGGGUGCCAGCCACGCAGCAAGAUGUCCCCC